GAACGCUUUUUAACGUGCGGCGACGCUGAAGUGCGUGUGUGAUCGGCCUCCGCGGCUUUGGAGAGGCAGCGGGAGGACGCAUCCCUUCCCCCUCGCUCGGUGACCUCCAGUUCGCGCGCCGCAGCAGCCGCCACUGCGGCGAGAAACCAUGGAUGGAGAUUUGAGUUCUUCGUGGGACAGCGACGACGAGUACGAGAAAUUCAUCCGAAGAAUGAACCCUCCAAGGGUUGUCGUCGACAAUGAUUCUUGCGCAGACGCAACGGUUAUUAAGGUUGAUAGCGCAAACAAACAUGGGAUUCUUUUGGAAGUAGUUCAGGUCCUUAUGGACCUCAAUCUCAUCAUCACCAAGGCUUACAUAUCCUCGGACGGAGGAUGGUUUAUGGAUGUAUUCAACGUGAGGGAUCGGGAUGGGAAUAAAAUUGGGGAAGAAAUGAAGCUGAAUGAGAUAAAUGGUUUCAUUCGCAAGUCCCUGGGGGAAGAAUCUUCUUAUAUUCCGUCGCGAAGGAGAUCCAUAGAUUUCAUGCCUUCCUCCGAUCACACAUCCAUAGAAUUGACCGGGACAGAUCGGCCUGGCUUGCUCUCGGAAGUGUGUGCGGUUCUCAGUGAUCUAGAGUGCAAUGUGGUGAACGCGGAGGUGUGGACACACAAUACUAGGGCGGCGGCGGUGAUGCAAGUGAGCGACAAGGGGACGGGCACAGCUAUUGCGGACACGGAAAAGCUGUCUAGAAUUAAGAAGCUCCUUUACAAUGUGCUCAAAGGGAGCAAUAAGAGCAGGGAAGCCAAGACGGCAGUGUCUGUGGGAGCCACUCACACAGAGCGGAGACUCCAUCAGAUGAUGUUUGACGAUAGGGAUUAUGAGAGAUCCGGUGAGGAUGAUGGGAAUGUGUGUCACCGACCAAAGGUUACUGUCGUUAAUUGGUUCGACAAGGAUUAUUCGAUGGUCACAAUACGAUGUAAGGAUCGACCAAAGCUUCUUUUCGAUACGGUUUGCACUUUGACGGAUAUGCAGUAUGUGGUUUUCCAUGGAAAUGUGGAUGCAGAGGGCCCAGAAGCUUAUCAGGAGUACUAUAUUAGGCACAUUGAUGGGUCCCCAGUUAACUCAGAAGCUGAGAGGCAGCGAGUGAUCCAAUGCCUUGAAGCAGCCAUAGAGAGGAGAGUAUCCGAGGGUCUGAAGCUGGAGUUGUGUACGAGUGAUCGAAUGGGCUUGUUAUCGGAUGUCACAAGAAUAUUCCGCGAGAACGGUCUGACCGUCACAAGAGCAGAAGUGACCACAAAAGGAGGCAAAGUCUUCAACAUAUUUUAUGUCCGCGAUGCUGCUGGUAACUCGGUUGAUCCAAAGACCCUUGAUGACAUACGAGCAGAGAUCGGCCAGACGGUGCUCCAAGUGAAAGGCCACUCAGAUCACCUCAAAUCCCCACAGGAAUCUCCUACCCGAUUCCUGCUCGGCAGUUUAUUCAAAUCUAAAUCUCUCUACAAUCUCGGAUUAAUCAGGUCUUACACUUAGGCUAAUGUUGUUCCCCUGUGUACAUUAUCAUUCAUCGACGUUUCAUCAUUCGGCAAGCAGCUGCUCUGCCAUUGUGUUAGAAUCCUAAACUUGCUUCCCUCGUCUUAUGAUUGGAAACAUGCUUGUAACUGUAGAAAUCUCAAGAAAUCCAUAUCAUGUUCAUACGA